GCUCGUGCGGGAAUCGUCAUUCUUUGUCCGUCGGUUGCGUCGUGAGUGUGGUGAAAAUUUCGUACAGCACGGCUGGUGUUCUGGCACGCACCCGUUCGAGGUUCUCUGGAAUUGCGAUCAAUUUCAAAGUGUUUUUGGUUGAUUUUCAAAUCUAGCUCACAAAUUUCAUUUUAAAAGUGGCACUGUAAGGAUACGUUUUAUUCCUUUUUAAACCCUUCCUGUGUUGUGUGUAAUAGCCGUUUCGGUGUGUGCGUGUGUGUAGAAAAGUUACAAAAGUGUCGGCCCAAGGUAGUGCUGGUGCCGCGUGCCGUAAGCGGCGUACGCGGUCCAUAAACCGGGAAGGUACGGCAAAAAUGACUAAAGAAUCGGAAGACCUGGAGCGGGAAAAGGAAACCCUCCGGGAGCGUGCCAUGAUGCGGGUGUACUACGCCGCCAAGGAGGGCUUCUGUACGCAACUGUUGGCCUUGCUCAGUGAGAUAAAGGAUGAGGAAGAACGACGCGCCAUCGUGAAUCAGGAAUUCUACGAAGACGAUCACCAGGUGUAUACGCCACUGAUUGUGGCGACGCUGAACGGCCACCUGGAGGUGGUGCACAUCCUGCUCGAGCUGGCCGAACCGGACCUCGAGAAGGAGGGCUGCGUGAAGGUGCACGGCGAGCUGACCGAUGGUGCCACCGCCCUGUGGGUAGCGGCCGGCGUUGGCCGCCGUAACAUCGUCAAGAUGCUGCUCCAGCACGGUGCGCAGGUCGAUCACUGUACGAAGAAGGGCUCGACACCGCUGCGGGCCGCUUGCUUCGAGGGACGGUUGGAUGUGAUCCAGUAUUUGAUCGAGCACGGGGCGAACGUUUGUACGGCGAACAUGUACAACAAUACGUGUGUGAUGAUUGCGGCGUACAAGAACUACACCGAUGUGCUGCAGUAUCUGCUCGAGAAGGGAGCGAAGGUGAACGAGCAGGCUCAGUGCGGUGCAUCGGCCCUUUACUAUGCGGCCGAAUGUGGCCACGUGGAGGUGUGCGAGAUACUGCUGGACAAUGGGGCGGUACUGUCGAGGAACACGUUCGGGUUGACGCCGGCACUGGCAGCUGCCGAGCGAACGCGCGAGUCGGUGGUACAGGUGUUUCUGCAGCGUCCCGGGCUGCUCACCAAGUUGGAGCGUAUCGAGGUGAUGGAGCUGCUCGGUGCGUCGUACGCGAACGAUAAGGAUAACUACAGCUUGGUGAAAGCCUUCCACUAUCUGCUUUCGGCAAUGGAGCUUAGAUACGAAGAUCCGGACAACAUCAUCCGCAAGCCAUUCUUUGAGCCCGUUCCCGCCUACGAGCACUGGGUCGAGUGUCAGACGCUGCAGGAUCUGCUCGCCAUCCGCUACAAUCACAACUCGCUGCACAUGGAAUCGCUUACGAUCCGUGAGCGCAUUCUCGGCCAAAAUCCGGAGGUAGCACACGCCAUCGUCUUCCGCGGUGCAAUCUGUGCCGACAAUGGACGGUUCGAUCGGUGUGAAAGCCUCUGGCUGCAUGCGCUUCGUCUGCGCCAACAGAACGGGCUGCAGGUGCAGCGCGAUCUGCUCCGCUUCGUGCAACUGUUCUCGCAAGAGUAUUCGAUCAACGAAACGAUACGAUUCGACAGUGUGAUCGCGGUGCUCGGUGCGUGUGUCGAUGAGCUGCGGUACAAUCAGCAAAAGAUGGCCAACCCUGGUCCGCGGGAAGAUCUGGAAGCGGUGGCAGAUAAUUAUGAGAUGAAUAUCGUGACGGUGCUGUACCUGAUUACGAUCAUUACGAAGCUGCUGCGCAAGGAGCAGUUCGUGCGGACGGAGGAGCAGACGCUGCAGAUGUACCAGAUGGUGUACCAGCUGAACUUGAUGAUGGUGCGCUUGAGGGAUGACCAAACGUUGCUGCAUCUAGCGGUGAACGGUGUUACGCCGGUGGAUGACUUUCACACUGAUGACGUUUGCAGAUUCCCCUGUGCGGACACUGUUAGGCUGCUGCUGAAAUGUGGUGCUUCUGUCGAUGUGGUCGACAAUGAUCGAAAUACGCCUUUACACACGCUAACUUCAACUCUACAAUCGGCUGUGCUGCGUAUGCCGGACGCGAAUGUAAAAACGGUAGUGAAAGAAAUCACGGAAAUGUUAAUAGAAGCUGGCAUUCAUCUCGAUGCGGUUAACGCGGACGGGUUGAAAGCAUCGCAAGUGUGUGUGCAAAGCUGUGUUGCCGCGUUCAUCAAAAGCUACGAAACACGUGCCAUCAAUCUGCGCUGCCUUGCGGCACGAGUGAUUGCGCAGCAUCGGAUCCCGUACCGGAAGCUAAUACCACGCCAGCUGGAAGCCUUUGUACAGCUGCACUGUACACCGAAAAGCUAGAAGCUAGAGAUGUUUCAAUUACAAUGCAACUUUGGUUGGUCUGAUGAUCGGCCCCCAGAGGCGCAUGACAAGCCAGCCAGCGGAGCGUGAUAUAAUCAAAAUGUAAUCCACCCCAGCCCCCGUUCUACGCAAUGGUUUUGGGGCUCCGUCUAACGUACAUCUGUUUGAAUGGAUAUGUAUUAAAUUUUCAGAAGAUUUAAUAAAAACUAAUGCCCAAUAAUGUAUACAAAA